AUGGACGCCCGCAUCUUGGCCCGCGGCCUCCGCGCCAGGCCAACACCAUGGCUCCUCAGCUCGCGCCAGCAGCAGUCCAUCAUCCUCAACACACUCCGCUACAACUCCACGACCAGCUCGUCACAAACUCCUCCUCCUCCUACCGAGUCCUCCUCAGAACAACCCACACAAACAACACCAGCCGUCUCCGAGGGCCUGACUACCCCGAAACCCACCAAGACCGCCGCCUCAGACUUCGACGAAAUCCUCAACAAGCUCGACCUCGGCAACCGCAGCACCCUCAACUCCAAGGGUGAACCGCGCCGCGUCUUCUCCGAUGCCGUCGCCCGCUCCGUCGGCGGCGUAGGCUCGCAGACCUUCAAAGACCGAGCCGCUCAGCAGCUUGCCUCGCGCAAGUUGGAGCUCAAAUUGGGGCCGACGCUGGGUCGUCAGGUCCACGUUGAGCCGGAGCGGGGUGUGGAUUUGCCGGCUGCUAUCCGUCAGUUGGAGAUUACUUGCAGUACGAAUAAGAUUAAGGCGAAUGCGCAUGAGCAGAAGUACCACAAGCGGAAGGGUGCGGUGCGGAAGGAGUUGCGUCGGACGAGGUGGAGGAAGCUUUUCCGGUUCUCGUUCCAGGAGACUGUGAAGAAGAUUCAGCGGAUGCAAGCUCAGGGUUGGUAA